AUAAACGUAAAUUUAUUAGAAGGAGAGUGGAUGAGAAUAAUAAUUUUCUAUACUCGUAUAAUUUGAAGUAUUUGACUUCAGUCUGAGAUCUUCGAGGUCUACUCCCUCUCCCACCACCCACCGCCCACCACCACACACCCUCUUUCUCUUUAAAUAAAAAGCUGUUUGCUGUAAGCACUAAUUCUCCUCACAACACAAACCCAUUCUCGUUUUGGGCACUGGUUUCCUCCUCAAAUGUGAAAAGGUUUCCCUUAAAAAUUAAUUGAUGAAUAUGUUCUUCCUCCCUCGACUUUUUCUUCAUUCUCUCUUGGUGGUUUGCUUUGCAAAUUUUGCUUUUGGAGUUACUCGAUUGCCACGAGAUGAAGUACAAACUUUAGCUGACAUAGCAAAGACACUGGGGAAGACGAACUGGGAUUUCAGUGGAGAUGCAGAUCCAUGCAACAAUCAAAAACCAUGGACUGAUACCAAUCCGGCCAAAGGAUUUGAGUAUGGCGUCACCUGUAAUUGUUCCUUUGCCAAUUCCACUGUCUGCCAUAUUACCAGCAUAGUUAUGAAAGCUCAGGAUUUGCCAGGAACACUCCCAAAAGAGAUGGCUAGGCUCACCUAUCUCAAAGAAAUCGACCUCGCCCGCAACUACCUGAGUGGUACCAUCCCUCCAGAAUGGGGCUCCCUUCCACUUGUCAACAUUUCCCUUGUUGCAAACCGUUUGACCGGUUCUAUCCCCAAAGAGAUUGGAAACAUCACAACCCUGAAGAGUUUGGACAUCACUAUGAAUAAUUUCUCUGGAGUGCUCCCUUGGCAGCUUGGGAAUUUGCUCCUCAUAGAAAGAAUGCUUCUUACCUCAAAUAAUUUUACCGGGGAGUUGCCAGAUACAUUUGGAAAUCUUACCACACUAAAAGACUUCCGGGUGGGUGACAGUCACUUUUCUGGGCAGAUACCUGAUUUUAUAAAGAACUGGACAAAUCUUGAGAAACUACUGAUUCAGGCUAGUGGUUUGACGGGGCCAAUUCCUUCCAGCAUUUCUCUUUUGACAAAAUUAACUGACUUGAGAAUUACUGACUUGAGUGGGCCUGAAGCACCCUUUCCUCCACUUGAGAAUAUGAAAAGCAUGAAGACACUGAUGUUGAGGAGUUGCAAUAUUAUUGGACGGCUACCUCCAUAUCUCGGGGACAUGAAGAGUUUGAAAACUUUAGACCUCAGCUUUAACAAGCUAACCGGGGAAAUUCCAAGCAGCUUUGUUGCUCUAGCAAAAGUGGAUUUUAUAUUCUUAACUGGAAACUUGCUGACUGGACCCGUGCCUACUUGGACGAAAGAAAACUUUGAUCUUUCAUAUAAUAACUUCACCAUAGGGGACACAGGUUGUCAAUCACAAGGCGGCUUGAACUUGUUUGCAAGCUCUUCAAAGGGAAAUAGUUCAAAAACUGUUUCAUGUUUCAGAACUGCAAAAUGUCCAAAAACUUGGUACUCUCUCCAUAUAAAUUGUGGUGGAAAAGAAGUAACUGUUUUUGGGGAAAAAAAUACAACAUUUAAUAGUGACACAGAUUCAGUUGGACCUUCAUCAUUUCGCCAGAGCUCAACAAAUUGGGCUUUAAGCAGCACUGGUUACUUUACUGAUGAUGACCGUCCUCAAGACACCUUUAUCCAAAAUAAUGAAUCGAUACUCUCCAUGGCCAACCCAAAACUGUACAUGAAUGCACGCCUUUCUCCCAUCUCUCUAACUUAUUAUGGGUUUUGUCUGGGAAAUGGAAACUACACUGUAAACCUCCAUUUUGCAGAGACAGGGUUUACAAAUGGCAAAACAUAUAAAAGCCUGGGAAGGCGUAUAUUUGAUGUUUACAUUCAGGGGAGACUAGUGCAGAAGGAUUUCAAUAUUGUCGAUAAAGCUGGUGGGAUUAGUACUGCAGUCAUAAUGAACUAUACUGCUGCCGUAACUAGUGGUACCUUGGAGAUCCGUUUUUAUUGGGCUGGGAAAGGGACGACCGGUAUCCCUCUUAGAGGAGUUUAUGGUCCUCUUAUAUCAGCUAUUUCUGUAGAUCCUGACUUUGUACCCCCACCAGAACCUGUAAUAUCACCUGCAUCUGGUGGAAGUGGCAUAUCUGUAGGUGCAGUAGUUGGAAUUGUGGCUGGGGGAGUCUUCAUUAUAUUACUGAUUUUUGGUAUUCUUUGGAGGUGUGGCCUCCUAGGACAACAAAAUACUUUGGAGGAUGAUUUAAAGGGCGUGGACCUGCAAACUAGUAAAUUUAGCUUCAGGCAACUCAAAGCUGCCACAAACAACUUUGACAAAGCCAAUAAGAUUGGAGAAGGUGGUUUUGGAUCUGUUUACAAGGGCCUUCUAUCAGACGGCACCGUAAUUGCUGUCAAGCAGCUUUCUUCCAAAUCAAAGCAAGGGAAUCGUGAAUUUGUGAAUGAGAUAGGCAUGAUUUCUGCUCUGCAACACCCUCAUCUUGUCAAGCUUCACGGAUGCUGUAUUGAAAGAAAUCAACUAUUGCUUGUCUAUGAGUACAUGGAAAAUAAUAGCCUUGCUCGUGCUUUGUUUGGACCAGAACAAAGUCAGUUGAAGUUGGAUUGGCCAACAAGGCACAAGAUCUGUGUUGGUAUAGCAAGAGGUUUGGCUUACCUCCACGAGGAAUCAAGAUUGAAGGUCGUUCAUAGAGACAUCAAGGCUACUAAUGUGCUGCUUGAUAAAAAUCUUACCCCAAAGAUAUCUGACUUUGGAUUGGCCAAGCUUGAUGAAGAGGAUAACACACACAUUAGCACCCGUAUUGCUGGAACUUAUGGAUAUAUGGCGCCUGAAUAUGCAAUGCGGGGUUAUCUGACUGAUAAAGCAGAUGUUUAUAGCUUUGGAAUUCUUGUAUUGGAAAUUGUUAGUGGGAGGAACAACACUACUUACAGAGCAAAGGAAAAAAGCUUUUAUCUUCUUGAUUGGGCACAACUACUAAAAGGGCAAGGGAAAUUGAUGGACCUAGUGGAUCCAGGGUUGGGCUCAGACUUCAACAAAGAAGAGAUGAUGCUUACAAUCAAUGUGGCUCUCCUCUGCUGCAAUGUCACUUCAACAGUUAGGCCUACCAUGUCUUCAGUCGUGAGCAUGCUUGAAGGCAGGGCUGCUGUUCAGGAAUUGGUCUCAGAUCCAAAUGCCUCAACUAAUGAGAUCGAAGCAAUGAGGAAACAUUUUGAAUCCGGUUUCGGAAGGAAAACCGGUGAGAGCCAGACACAAACUGCGUCAACUGAAGGGCCUUGGACUGGUUCAUCUACAUCUGUUCAUGAUCUCUAUCCAGUCAAUCCUGAUUCAACUUACUGGGACAACAGAAGUGAGAGAAACUGAGCAAACUGUCUUGACUCUCAAACAUUUAUGUUCAUAUAUCAUCUCUACUCCCCCUCUAUAUACACACGCAUACAUAUUUUUUGUUUGGCAAGAUAGCUGAAAGAAUAAUAUAGAUGUUUCUACAGCAUGGUAAAUUGGUAAAUGUAAAUUAUGAAUCCCUUGGAUCAACUUUGCUACAGCACAGAAGCUGGUAUAUUAUAUCUUCUAAGAAGAUUGCAUUACGAUGACAUAAUUUGCAAUACAGGGCAGAGGUUUAGAGUCAGGAAAAUUGAAUAAAUUACUUGGAAGCUAA